UUGACUGUCAUAAUGGACUGGUUGAUGGGAAAGGCGAGAGGUGUCAGUAAAGGUUUGGUCAAUACAAACAGCAGCACUUUGCCGGUAGUCUCUGAUUCUGUUGUUCAGAGUAGUCCUACCUCACCUGGCACAGUUGCUAUUUUAUCAGGAAAUGUGGAAGGCGAUGUGAAAGGUGUCUCACCAACCAGCUGUGAGCCGUUUAUUCCUAACGGCUCUCGCAGUGUAUCCCCUGUUUGUAGCCCCACAGCCCCAGCGUUCGUAUCCACGAGUGCCACAAGUUCGGGUUCCAUCUUUGGACAGCGAAGUUUAAUUUUGGGAAAGGGGCCUUCUAGCUCCAAAUCUGCCCCAACUAGCCCUGAAACUGGGGCUUCCGAUUGUCCACUCUUCAUGCAAGAAAAAUAUGUAAUGCAACAACUUACCGGUUCCAACCCCUCAAAAUAUGUAGACUUUCGUGACCUUGUGGAGCCUUUUCCGGCAAUGGACCAGAAUGAGUGGCUGGCUGCCCAUACAAUCGCUUUGUUUGAUAAUAUGAGUACAGUUUUUGAUGCGGUUCACGAGCUUUGUACAUGCAGUCAGUUGCUGCCCGACACAAUGUCUUUUGUCAGUGCCUCUGUUUGGUCGAACGCUAUUGAUUCAAACUCCGUGGCUAGUCCGGAUGAAGACAAAAGCAAGAAGAGUAAACACUCUGGUACAGUCGUAAACAAUUCACCCGGUCCAGCUCGUCAGCAGAUUCAUAGUGCACUCUCUUCCUGUCAGGAACUCAUUCAAUCUGCGCGCAUUUUUCCCGUCCGCCAAGGUGAACCUUUUCCACCUGAUCUUCCAAAUUAUGUCACCUUAAUUUGCAAGAAUCUGUUGUUGUGUAUCAUGCACCUGUAUUUUGCACAUUUUCACCAUCUUGAACAGCUGGAGUUAGUUUCACAUUUAAACACGUUGGCGAGACAUUUCUUUGAAUUCACCACAAGGUUCUCACUCGUGGAAGACAGACAUCUCGGUCCACUGAGCAGCUUUUACCGUGUUCUCCUUGACUCUAAUCCAACGCUGAUCCAAGCCCCAGUCACUCCAGCAUCAAAUAGUACAUAA